AUGAGUUAGAUAUUUGAAAGGAUUAAACGAAAAUGCCAAUUUAGUAAGAAAAGAGCAGAGAAACGUAUAGAGAAGGAGGUUGAAAAUAAACAAAUAACCUAAUUUUGCAAUAUGGACAAUUAAUUAGCUUUAAUGAACAAGGAGCAAAUUUAUGUAUAUAAUACAGAAAAUGGACAUUUAAAUUAUGUGUUAAGACAAAAAUUGUUCACCAGAUACUCAAAAAUAAUUGUAUAUCAUUUCAGAUUCAUCAAAUUGCACAAUGUUCAUUUACUACUUUUUGUUUGCACUGAUAGAAUAGUUGUAUUUUAAAAAAACAGACUGGUUUUUAAGUAAAAAAUUAAUGAACCCUUGUACAGGUAUGAUAAUUUCUAUUAUGACAAAUACGAGCAUUAUUUUAUUAUAUAGGGAAGAACCAUGGCCGAUAACUUCAGCUUGUUUGUAGUCAGCAAACUGUUUUCAAAGCAAGCGAAUGUAAAUUGCAUGACUCCAAAUUUCCUGAGAUUGGCAUUAGAUUACAAUUCAAUUUUUUAUCAAACUAAAACUAUUUUCAAACAAUUAAGCCAGAAUUACUUAACAAUAGAUUCAAUCUGCAUGCUUCCUUAACAUAAAUUAUUUUUGUAUAACAAACAAGAGAAGGAAUUGUAUUUGUGUGAUUUGAAUAAAUUGUACUAAACCUAUCCCACUUUUGCAUUUCUAGGGGAUUAUGAACACAGCAUAUUCAAGAUUGAUAAAACUUAGAAUUGUCUACCAUUUUAACAUAUUACGGGGGUGUAUAAUAAGGUGUAUGCUGACAAAAUUGAAUAUCAUAGGAACUAUUUACUCUUGGUGUAGGAGAAGGAUCCAAUAUCGGAAAUUGUGUGGAAAGAGUAGUACUGCUUGGAGGAUGAAGGAACCCUGAGUUACAUGACCAAAAAUGGGAAAAGAUAUAGAGCGUGA